UCACAUUUAUUGUCUCUUUUUCUUGAAAAAGAUACUCCAUCUAAUCUAACUCUUUUGUAUUGUUUGUACCCAAAGGAAAUUCAUACCCAAUUCUCAUCUCAAAGAAAGAAGAAGAAUGGGGAUGUUGAAAAUGAGGAUGAUUUUUUGUUUGUUGGUAAUAAUUGGGAUUUCGAUAAUUGGUUGUGUGAAUGGAGAUGAGAAUGAGUCAUUCAAGAAGAAACCGACUAUAGUGAAGAUGGUGAAGGGUACUAAGAUGUGUGUGAAGGAUUGGGAGUGUAACAAAUUGUCUAAAUUUUGUUGUAAUUUGACAAUAACUGAUUAUCUCGACACUGACCAAUUUGAGCUCCUUUUCACUAAGAGGAACUCACCCAUUGCUCAUGCUGUUGGAUUCUGGGAUUAUGGAUCUUUUAUCAAUGCUGCAGCACUUUACCAGCCUAUUGGAUUUGGUACUACUGGUGGUAAGAAAAUGCAGAUGAAGGAAAUCGCUGCUUUCCUUGGACAUGUCGGUAGCAAAACGAGUUGUGGUUAUGGAGUCGCCACUGGCGGACCAUUGGCCUGGGGUCUAUGCUAUAACAAGGAAAUGAGUCCCAGCAAAGAUUACUGUGAUGAAUACUUCAAAUUAACCUACCCAUGUACUCCUGGAGCUCGAUAUUAUGGUCGUGGUGCCUUGCCUAUCUACUGGAACUACAAUUAUGGAGCUAUUGGUGAAGCCCUCAAGCUAAAUCUGUUGGACCAUCCCGAAUACAUUGAACAAAAUGCUACCAUGGCUUUCCAGGCUGCAGUUUGGAGGUGGAUGAACCCAAUGAAAAAGGGUCAGCCUUCCGCUCAUGAUGCCUUUGUUGGCAACUGGAAGCCCACAAAGAAUGAUACUUUGUCUAAACGACUUCCUGGUUUUGGUACCACCAUGAACAUUCUCUAUGGUGAUGGUGUUUGUGGCCAAGGUGAUGUUGAUGCAAUGAACAACAUCAUCUCCCAUUACCAGUAUUACCUUGACUUGAUGGGUGUUGGUCGCGAGGAAGCAGGGCCUCACGAAGUACUUGACUGCGGGGAGCAAAAAGCUUUUAACCCAACCGCUGCCUCUGCUGCUGCUUCUUGAGACUUAUGUCAGAUUGGUAAGGCAUGCCUACCUACUUUUGCCCGAAAGAAGCAUAGAAUAAGUGAAGUGAUAUUGUGAAAUGUAUGACGCUGGAACAGAUUGGGAAUCAUAAAAGGAUGCUGCUAUUCUUGUUGUCUAUCAUGUAAUUUUUUGUACUUCAUUUUUUUCUUUUUAUGUUCAUGGUUUGAUUUUAUAUAUAUAUAUACGUACUGGUAAGCUUCUAUAUUGUAAUUUGUAAAACUGUUAAAAGUUGCAAUUCUAUUGCUCUGUUGCAUUUCAUCCCCGGGUUACUGUAAUUUGUAAAACUGUUAAAAGUUGCAAUUCUAUUGCUCUGUUGCAUUU